AUGGAUAAUCAGUGCUCUUCUUCUUCGAUUGAGGACAAUGAUGAAGAUGCAGGCAACAAAGGAUUCACCAUAGAAUGCCAAGGUGGCGAGAAGCUCGUUGUCUCGGAUGACGAGGCCGGGGUGAUAUUCCAUCUGGUGGAAUACUUUCGGAAUGUCUUCAAACACGGAACACGAGAAUCCUCUGACAGACUUCUACGCAAGCUGGAUUGGUCUCUGGCCAUUGCAAAGCAAGUUGUUGCCUAUCUGACACUCAAACGUGUCGAAAUCUCUGAUGGUGACUGGCAAGCCACCAUAGAAUUUGUGGAAGCACUUCAUCAAAUCCUUGUGCCAGCACGAGCCUACUAUCCAGUAUUGCGUCCACUCUCUGGAGCUCAUGUGGAACCCCAACUCCUUCGUAACCUCUUUGGCAUUCUAAAGAAUGAGGGGAACACUCAGUUUUCAGAGAGGAUGAAAGUCUGUGGAAUCUUUUGGAAGGUGGCUCUCAAAUGCGGUGUCCUUCUGCUUGACGAGGAUUCUGAGCUUGAUUUUGGGUUGCAAAAGGGCAGCCAAAGUGAGACACAGCUCAAACGGUUGAAAGCUACGAUGGUACAGUCCAGAACCUAUCAUGUUUUGUCUCCUCUCUCGCUUGCAAAUGCUGUCGCCCGUAUUGCCAAGAUCAUGCAUACAGGAAGCUUGAAAAUGGCAGAAGCGAAACACAUGAACAGGCGUGGUGACUCUUUCAGUGGAGGAUUCGGAAACGUCACUGCCGAAUCCGCAGUCAGGGAUGCCGUGAAGAGAGUCUCCGAUGCAACUGGGACCAAAGGUAGCCUGUAUCACCCAAAGAAAUCGUCAAGGAAGUUUCCGUUAUUCUACGGCACGUUCUCCCAGCUGAAGCAAUGCCUUGACUUGUUCAAGGAUGAACUUGACCACGGAACAGAUGACGGUGGAAUCGAUGAUGCCAUUCCAGAAAUGGGGAAAAUCUCUCUUCGUGUCGCGGCACCUUCCUCUGAGACUCUGCAGAAACUAAUUGACGCCUUGCUCCGCAGCAAUGACAAGGAGCAUGAAGUUGACUUUUAUCACAACUCCCACAACGUCCGGAAAGGUACGGAGGCAAUGACACAGCUACUGUCAUUCGCAUCGGACCCACAAGCGCCUUCCAGCAAUGAAAUGCUGUCUUCAGAUUCAGCUUUCACGCUGAAGGCAACAGAGCGGCACUACCAUUAGAUUGUUCCAUGCUAGCAACUCAACUCGCUGCUUUUUGACCACCGCAAGUCCUGUUGUCUGGUGAUGCUGCUGUGCUGGCAAGGCUACCUACCUGUUACUUUCCAGCGA